AUGCUGCUCAUUGAUGGUGAAACUGUCCCAGACCCUAAUGACAAUUGUCAGAUAUGCAAGUGUGACGUUGGCUCAGUGAAGUGUCACAGCGUUUCAUGUCCGGCUGUGUCAUGUACCAAUCCCAUACAAGAUGGCUGCUGCCCAUCAUGCGCUGGCUGUGAUUACAGAGGCAAUCGCUACAAAAAUUAUACAGUAAUUGAUGAUGCUGACAGGUUUGUGGAGAUGAUUGUACUUACAGCUAAAAAUCUAUUUAUUAUUUCUAAUUUUAUAGAAAAUAUUAGACAUUUUUUAAUUACUUUAUCAUUCUUGCUGUUUUUAUUAAGAAAAUCUGGGCUCAAAUAGAAAAUUUACUUAAUUACGUAUUUAAAUAAGUUAAAAUUACAUAAACAAUAACCAUAAACAUGAUUUUAUAAUUGUUGUGAUCAAAUCUGGUUUCUUGCUUAACUGAAGAAUACAGAUAUAUUUUUAAAAUAUCAUAGUCUUAUGUUAAGUACAUUCUAUUAUAUAACUGGGUUGAACACAAGGGCACAUAAAUUGUAAUAUCAAAAUGGUUUUUUUUGUAAAACAUUACAUUUUUUCAUGACAUUAUUUUUCUUAAAUAAGUAAAUAUCAACAUUGUUUUGUUAUGAAAUAGGGUUUUAAAGAAUGGGUUUAGCUUGAUGUUUUUUUCAUCAAGAGAAUUAUUAAAAAGAUGAAACUUUUGAAAAUCCACAAAGGGUGUUCUGAAAUAGUCCCUGUCGGCUAUUUCUUGGGUGUAUUGAUACUGUGGUCUCCCCCAUAAUAAUACAUAUAUAAUACACCCAUACAUAUAAGCAUUCCCCUUCCCCCAAUUUUAUUGUGAGCAUAUUUAAAACAUACUUAUCUUAAGUUCAGCAGAAAUUUUUUAAGUAUUUAUAUCAUCUAUGCAGAUGUCGGACAUGUGUUUGUCAGUCUGGAAAUGUUAAGUGUGUGGCCAAUCCAUGCCCACCGGUUACUUGUGAACACCCCCACUUUGGUCAGUGCUGCGAUGAAUGUACCAACUGUCUGUACAAGGGUGUCCUGUACAGAGACGGGCAGAAAUUUCCUGAUCCAAAU